AUGAGUUAUAAUCAAACAUUAACUCAACUAUUUAGUCGAAUCUAUUUUCAAAUAAAUCAACAAAUAAAUCUUAUUCAUCCUAAUCUAGUAAUUGUACAAGGUGAUACAACAACAGCACUUGCUUCUUCAUUAGCUGCUGCAUAUAAUCAGCUACCUGUUGCACAUGUUGAAGCAGGUCUUCAAACAUUUAAUCUAUCAAAUCCUUAUCCAGAAGAACUGAAUAGAAAAAUAAUUGAUUCAUUUUCUACACUUUUAUUUGCACCAACAACAUUUGCUAAACAAGUACUUUUAGAAGAAGGUAUUUGUCAUAAAAAUAUAUUUAUUACUGGUAAUACUGGUGUUGAUGCAUUUUAUCACUAUUAUAAACAAACAAAUAUAACAACAACAGCAACAACAAAAGAAAAUAUAUCUAUAGUAAAAAUCAUUGAGAAUUUUAAGAAAAAACAAUAUAAUUCUACUUAUUCACAUAAUAAUCGUCAUCAUCGUCAUAUUAUUAUUCUUGUAACUAUGCAUCGAAGAGAAAAUUUUCCAUAUUUAUUUGAUAUGUCUCGUGCUAUUGCAACAAUAGCUAAACAAUAUGAAUGUAAUCUUCUCUUUAUUUUACCUAUUCAUCCAAAUCCAAAUGUAAAACAAAUCAUAAGAAAAAAUCUAAAUGAACUAAUAAAUGUUAAAAUUAUUGAUCUGAUAUCUUAUGAUAUAUUUGGAUAUGUUUUAUUUCAAUCAGAUAUUAUUAUGACUGAUUCAGGUGGUAUACAGGAAGAAGCAGUUAGUAUUGGUAAAACAGUUAUUCUAAUGAGAAUGACUACUGAAAGACCUGAAGGUAUUUAUCUUGGUACAAUCAAACAAAUAGGAAUUAUUUAUAAUGAUAUUAUACAAGCACUCAAUUAUGAAAUAAAUCAUUUAAUCAAACUACAAAAUUCAACAUUUAUAUCAAAUCAAAAUAAAUAUAUAUUUGGUGAUGGAACUGCAUCGAAACAAAUUGCAACUAUUAUAGAUAAUUAUUUCUAUAAUAAUAACAAUAAUAAUCAAUCUAAUCAUAUUGAUCUUAAAUGUACAACUAAAUAUCGUCAAGAUAAAAUAGCUCAACUUAUUUAUUCUUAUUCAAAUAUAUCAUCUUAUAAAAUGACUAUUCCAUCACAUCAUAUUAGAAGAUAUCAAAUAUAUAAUCUUACGAAAGUCAAAUCAUCUCUUACUCUUCAACAAAUAUUUCAACUUUAUAGUCAAUAUAAUAUAUCAAAACGAAAUGAUGAUAAAUAUUCAGUUACUGUUAUUAUUGGAAUAUAUAAACAUCAAGGUCUAAUUCAAAGAUGGAUUGAAGCACUUCUUUUACAAACACAUCCACCUAAACAAAUAUGGAUUACUUAUUUUGCUUCACCUAUUAGAGAUAAAAUACAAGUUGAAAUUGAACAAAUAUAUUUAUUAUUUACUAAUCAAUCUACUUAUUCUAAUGAUUUGUGUAUGAAGAAAAAAUGUCAUUUAGAUAAUAUAAAUAAAGACAUAUCAAAUUGUUAUGAAGAAUGUAUAAUAUUAUGUAUAAAAUUACCUUCUAUUCUAUUUAUUAAUAUGAGAGAUAUGCAACUAAAAUACUAUGGAAGAUUUCAACUUGCACUUCAAUCUCAUACAAAAUAUGUUGUAGUAUUUGAUGAUGAUUGUAUACCACAAUCACAAUAUUUUGAAACUGCUUUAUAUACAAUAAAUACAGAAGAAUAUCAUGGUAUUUUAGGAACAAAAGGUACAGCUACUUCACCUACUACUUUUUAUGGUCCUAUAUCAAGAAGUGAUAAAAUCAUUGAAGUAGAUGUUGUUGGUGGAAGUUGGUUUAUGAAAAGUGAAUGGGUUAAACUUAUGUUUCAUGAUAAAAUACAUUCAUGGAAUACUGGUGAAGAUUUUCAUUUAUGUGCAAAUGCACGAAAAUAUGCUAAUAUAAGAAGUUUUGUUAUGCCCAUAUUAAGUAGUAAUAAAGGUGAUACUACUAGAAGAGUUGUUGGAACAGCAUCAAGUAGAAAAUAUAUAAAAGAUCAACUAUGGUUACGUGGUGAUCGUCUAAUGCAUAGUUAUCAAAUAUCAAAACCAUCAUUACUUAUCUAUGCGGAAACACAAAAUGACGCUAUGUUUCUAAUAAAAUAUACAAAACAAUCAAUGACUCAAUUAAAUGGUCUAAUUCAUUUUACUACAUCAAAUCUUAUAACAACUAACUUAGAAACAAAUGAAAUAAAGAAACUAGUUGCAUCUUUUCAUGAUAUGAUGAUUGGCCGUGAUUAUAAUAUAGAUCCAACACCAAUAAUAGCUGCUAGUGAAGUACUUUAUGGAUUUGAUAUGAUUAUGCAAGGAACACAAAGUACAGCUGUGAUUAUUAUAGGUUCAUCAUCAACAGUGACUAUGUUUGGAUUAGUAUGUGGAGCAUUUCUAAGAAAUAUUCCUAUUGUCAAUAUAUAUAUAUAUAGAAAAUAG